AACUCCUUAUAUAAACCUUUUUGACCCAGCAGUCUCUUCAAAUCAAAGCCCCAAUAACUAGAAGGAUCCACACACACAAACACUUACAUUCCUUCUUCACAAGAAGAUCUCAUUAUUCAUUAAUUCUUAACAUGGCGAGGUACCGUGAUCACUACUACUACUUGUGGGAAUAUUUCUCUUUCCCACUCCACCUGGUGUUCUUCGUGUUCAUCCUGUUGUUGGUGCUGGCAUUUUCGUGGUACAUAAACUACGAGUCUGUGUUGGAGGACUUGCUGGUGCAGGUGAAGAUCUUGCUUGCCCUAGUUCCGCUGCUGUUGCUGCUGGUCGUGCACUGCCUCUCCAGUCCGGCGUCGUUCCCCAUACCCUUGCCGGAGGAGAGGGAGUCGCUGCACAGAGCUGGGGGCUCUCCAUGGGGAGUCGCUCUCUUGCUUCUCUUCGUCUUGUUCAUGAUGGCAUACCAAUCCUCUUUCCACCAACGCUGGUUUCCAUUGGUUACUAGAUGAAGGCUCCAUCUUAUCGUGUAUAAUUUCGCUGGCAAUGUGAACAUGUAAUCAUCCUUUACCAUACAAUAUUUUCUACAAAUUACAAAGUACGUAGAGUUUAAAAAUAAAAUAAAAUAAAAUAAAAAGUAGUUUGGUUUGAAGUGGUGUCGUGCGACUUGUAACUAUUUGGCUUCUUUUUCACAAGUAUAGGGGAUGCUCAUGCUGAUGCUAUAUAUAUAUUAUUAGCUAUGUGGUUUAAUUAUAUUAUCCAAAUUGGUUUUC